AUGACGUCUCACGCUGCCGCCUUCCUGCUCUCUCUCUUGCUCUUGGACUUGGUCUCUUUGGGUUGGGGCAACCGGCUGCCCUACUUCAUAAACUACUUCUUUGACACCUACCUGCUGAUCAACGAGGACACCCCUGUGGGUUCCUCAGUGACGCAGCUCCUGGCCCGGGACCUGGACAACGACCCCCUGGUGUUCGGCGUGGUCGGGGAGGAGGCCAGCAGGUUCUUUGCGGUGGAGAGCGUCACCGGCGUGGUCUGGCUGCGGCAGCCCUUGGACAGAGAGACCAAGUCGGAGUUCACGGUUGAGUUUUCCGUCAGCGACAGUGAAGGGGUGAUCAAGGGCACCGUCAACAUCCAGGUGGGAGACGUCAACGACAACGCCCCGCAGUUCCACAACCAGCCCUACAGCGUGCGCAUCCCCGAGAACACCCCUGUGGGCACCCCGAUUUUCAUAGUGAACGCCACGGACCCGGACCAGGGCGCCGGCGGCAGCGUGCUGUACUCCUUCCAGCCUCCUUCCCGCUUCUUCGCCAUYGACAGCGGCCGCGGCAUCGUGUCGGUGAUCCGGGAGCUGGACUACGAAGUGACGCAGGCCUAUCAGCUCCAGGUCAACGCCACGGACCAAGACAAAAACAAGCCGCUGUCCACGCUGGCCAACCUGGCGAUCAUCAUCACCGACGUGCAAGACAUGGACCCCAUUUUCAUCAACCUGCCCUACAGCACCAACAUCUAUGAGAACUCGCCACCGGGCACCACGGUGCGGAUGAUAACGGCCGUAGACCAGGACAAGGGCCGCCCCAGGGGCAUCGGCUACACCAUCGUCUCAGGUAACACCAACAGCAUCUUCGCACUGGACUACAUCAGCGGAGCCCUGACCCUCAACGGGCCGCUGGACCGGGAGAACCCCCUCUACAGCGCGGGCUUCAUCCUCACGGUGAAGGGCACAGAGCUGAACGACGACCGCACGCCCUCCAAUGCCACCGUCACCACCACCUUCAACAUCCUCGUCAUUGACCUCAACGACAAUGCACCCGAGUUCAACAGCUCUGAGUACAGCGUGGCCAUCCCUGAGCUGGCCCAGGUGGGCUUUGCYCUCCCACUCUACAUCCAGGUGCAGGACAAGGAUGAGGGCCCCAAUAGUGUUUUCGAGGUCUAUUUGGUGGGCAACAACUCCGACCACUUCAUCAUCUCGCCGACGUCCAUCCAGGGCAARGCGGACAUCCGCGUGCGUGUGGCCGUGCCGCUGGACUUCGAGACCAUUCCUCGCUAUGAGUUUUCGCUCUUUGCCAACGARAGCAUCCCUGAGCACGUGGGCUUCGCGCGAGUGAAGAUCAACCUCAUCAAUGAGAACGACAACCGGCCCAUCUUCAGCAAGGCCCUCUACAACGUCAGCCUCUUCGAGAACGCCACUGUGGGCACCACCGUCCUCAGGGUCCAUGCAACCGACAACGAUGUGGGCACAUACGGAAAAGUCAGUUAUUUCUUCAGCGAUGAUCCUGACCACUUCUCGCUGGACAAGGACACCGGUGUGAUCCUGCUGACCGCGCGCCUGGACUUUGAGGCCACGCAGCGCUACACGCUGACCGUCAUUGCCCGCGACGGCGGUGGCGAGGAGACRGCAGGCCGCGUGCGGAUCAACGUCCUCGACGUCAACGACAACGUGCCCACCUUCCAGAAGGACGCCUACCUGGGGGCGCUGCGGGAGAACGAGCCCUCCGUCGCCCAGGUGCUCCGGCUCCGGGCAUCCGACGAAGACUCCCCUCCAAACAACCAGAUCACGUACAGCAUCGUGCAUGCGUCUGCCUUCCGGGAAUACUUCGACAUCACCGUGUCGGAGGGGUAUGGAGUGAUCAGCGUGAAUCACCCCCUCGACUACGAGCAGAUCGCCAACGGCGUCAUCCACCUCACUGUGAUGGCCAAGGACGCGGGGGAGCCACCGCUCAACAGCACCGUUCCCGUCACCAUCGAGGUCUUUGAUGAAAAUGACAACCCGCCGACAUUCAGCCAGCCCUCCUACAUUGUCACUGUCACGGAGGACAUCAUGGCAGGAGCAACGGUGCUGUUCCUGAACGCCACCGACAUGGACCGGUCCAGGGAAUACGGGCAGGAGUCCAUCAUCUACUCGCUGGAAGGGUCCUCCCACUUUCGCAUCAAUGCUCGCUCCGGGGAAAUCACAACCACUUCUUUGCUGGACCGAGAGGCCAAAUCAGAAUAUAUCCUCAUCGUGCGGGCGGUGGAUGGAGGCGUGGGCCAUCACCAGAAGACCGGCAUUGCUAUGGUGAACAUCACGCUGCUGGACAUCAACGACAACUAUCCCACGUGGAAGGAUGAGCCCUACUUCAUCAACCUGGUGGAAAUGACGCCCCCCGAUUCAGAUGUCACCACAGUGGUAGCCAUAGACCCGGACCUGGCGGAGAACGGCACCGUGCUCUACAGCAUCCGGCCGCCCAACAAGUUCUACAGCAUCAACAGCACCACAGGCAAGAUCCGCACCACAGGCGUCGUGCUGGACCGCGAGAACCCCAACACCCAGGAAGCCGAGCUCAUGCGCAAGAUCGUCGUGUCCGUCACAGACUGUGGGAGGCCACCCUUACGGGCCACCAGCAGUGCCACAGUCUUCGUCAACCUGCUGGACCUCAACGACAAUGAUCCCGCUUUCCAGAACCUGCCCUUCGUCGCUGAGAUCGCUGAGGGCCUUCCCGCGGGCUCCUCSGUCUUCCAGGUAGUGGCCAUCGACCUGGACGAGGGCCUGAAUGGGCAGGUGACCUACCGCAUGCAGGUGGGCAUGCCCCGCAUGGACUUCAUCAUCAACGGCAGCAGUGGGCUCAUCAGCUCCACCGCGGUGCUGGACAGGGAGAGGAUCUCCGAGUACUACCUCCGUGUGGUGGCCAGUGAUGCCGGCGUGCCCGCAAAGAGCUCCACCAGCACGCUGACAGUCAGAGUUCUGGACGUGAAUGAUGAGAACCCAACCUUCUUCCCGGCCGUCUACAAUGUGUCGCUGCCUGAAGACGUGGCCCGGGACUUCAAGGUGGUGCGACUCAACUGCACGGACGCCGACGUCGGCCUGAACGCUGAGCUCAGCUACUUCAUCACGGGUGGGAACCAGGACGGCAAAUUCAGCGUUGGCUUUCGAGACGGGGUGGUCAGGACAGUCGUGAGCCUCGACAGGGAGACCACGGCGUCGUACACGCUGAUCCUGGAGGCCAUCGACAACGGCCCCGCCGGGAACAGGCGGACAGGCACUGCCACCGUGUAUGUCACCGUCCUGGACGUCAACGACAACCGUCCCAUCUUCCUGCAGAGCAGCUACGAAGCCAGCGUGCCGGAGGACAUCGCGGCCGCCAGCAGCAUUGUGCAGGUGAAAGCCACAGAUGCAGAUGAAGGCUCCAACGGCCGCGUGUGGUACCGCAUCAUCAGGGGAAACGAGCACAACCACUUUCGGAUCCACCCCAGCAGCGGGCUGCUGAUGCGCGGCGCGCGACCCCUGGACCGCGAGCAGAACUCCUCUCACGUUCUGGAGGUGGAGGCGUACAACACGGAGCAGGGAGCCAUGAGGAGCUCCGUGCGGGUGAUCGUCUACGUGGAGGACGUCAACGACGAGGUGCCCGUGUUCACGCAGCGGCAGUACAACCGCCUAGGGCUGCGGGAGACCGCCGGCAUCGGCACAUCAGUCGCUGUGGUCCGAGCGACGGACCGCGACACAGGGAACGGUGGGCUGGUGAGCUACAAAAUCCUGUCGGGUGCGGAAGGGAAGUUUGAGAUCGAUGAGAGCACGGGCCUUAUCACCACCAUUGAGUACCUAGACUAUGAGACCAAGACCAGCUACCUGAUGAACGUCUCGGCCACGGACCAGGCGCCCCCGCACAACCAGGGCUUCUGCAGCGUGUACGUGAGCCUGCUGAAUGAGCUGGACGAGGCCGUGCAGUUCUCCAACGCCAGCUACGAGGCCGUCAUCAUGGAGAACAUCCCGCUGGGCUCCGAGGUGCUGAGGGUGCAGGCCGUCUCCAUCGACAACCUCAACCAGAUCACCUACAAGUUUGACCCCAACACCAACGCCCAGGCGCUCUCCUUGUUCAAGAUCAACGGCGUCACCGGUGUCAUCACAGUCAAAGGCCAGGUGGAUCGUGAGAAGGGGGACUACUACACCUUGACAGUGGUGGCUGACGAUGGCGGGCCAAAAGUUGACUCCACAGUGAAGGUAGCCAUCACGGUGCUCGACGAGAACGACAACAGCCCCCAGUUCGACAUCACGUCCGACUCGGCGGUGAGCGUGGCCGAGGACUGCGCCGUGGGCAAGCGCAUYGCCGUGGUCCUGGCCCGGGACCCCGACGCGGGCAGCAACGGGCAGGUGACCUUCUCGUUGACGGCGGGGAACGUGGGCGGCGCCUUUGAGAUCCGCACCACCAACGGCACCUACGGUGAGGUGCUGGUGGCGCGGCCGCUGGACCGCGAGCUGCUGGACCGCUACACCUUGCGGAUCCAGGCCGCCGACGGCGGCAGCCCRCCCCGCCGCAAGGAGCACAGCCUGCGCGUCACUGUGCUGGACGUCAACGACAACCCGCCCGUGGUGGAGAGCCCCUGGGGCUACAACGUCAGUGUCAGCGAGAACGUCGGCGGGGGCACCGCGGUGGUCCAGGUGCGCGCCACCGACCGCGACGUGGGCCUCAACAGCGUCCUCUCCUACUACAUCACGCAAGGCAACGAGGACCUGACCUUCCGCAUGGACCGCGUCACGGGCGAGAUCGCCACGCGCCCCUCGCCGCCCGACCGCGAGCGCCAGAGCUCCUAUCGCCUGCUGGUCACUGUGGAGGACGAGGGCAACCCCUCCUUGUCCGCCACCACCACAGUGCACGUCACAGUCCUGGACGAGAACGACAACGCUCCCGCCUUCCAGAAGCCCCUCUACGAGGUCACGCUGGACGAGGGGCCCUCCUCACUCAAUGCCACCCUCGUCACCGUGCAGGCCCGCGACCAGGACGAGGGGCCCAAUGGCACCGUUGCCUACGCCAUCACUGAAGGCAACAUCUUGGGCACCUUCCACAUUGACAGCGUCACGGGGCAGAUCCGCACCGUGAAGGAGCUGGACUACGAGAUCAGCCACGGGCGCUACACCUUGAUCGUCACCGCCACCGACCAGUGCCCCAUCGUUUCACGACGCCUCACGUCCACCACCACGGUGCUGGUGAACCUCAACGACAUCAAUGACAACCAACCCACCUUCCCACGGCCCUAUGAGGGACCCUUCGACAUCACGGAAGGGCAGCCGGGCCCCCGCGUGUGGACCUUCCUGGCCCACGACGGGGACUCGGGGCCCAGCGGGCAGGUGGAGUACAGCAUCAUCGCUGGGGACCCUCUUGGGGAGUUUGUGAUCUCGCCCGUGGAAGGGGAGCUGCGGGUACGGAAGGAUGCCGAGCUGGACCGUGAGAACAUCCCCUUCUACAACCUCACCAUCGCCGCCCGUGACAGAGGGGUGCCGCCGCUCAGCUCCACGAUGGUGGUGGGCGUGCGUGUGCUGGACAUCAACGACAAUGACCCCGUGCUCCUCAACCUCCCCAUGAACCUCACCCUCAGUGAGAACGCCCCCGUCUCCAGCUUUGUCACCCGCAUCCUCGCCCGGGAUGCAGACCAGGGCCCCAAUGCUCUCCUGACCUUCGACAUCACCUCGGGCAACUCGGAGAAGGCCUUUUACAUCAACAGCACCACUGGCAUCAUCUAUGUAAACCGCCCCUUGGACAGGGAGCGGGUGGCCGAGUACAGGCUCACCAUCACAGUGAAGGACAACCCUGAGAACAUGCGCAAUGCCAGGAGGGAUUUUGACCUGCUGGUCAUUAAAAUAGCGGACGAGAACGAUAACCACCCGCUCUUCACUCAGAGCUCCUACCAGGCUGAGGUGAUGGAGAAUUCACCCCCAGGGACCCCCAUCAUGGUGCUUAACGGGCCCAUCCUGGCUCUGGACAGUGACGAGGGAAGCAACGCCGUGGUGACAUACCAGCUYCUGGAGGCAUCUCCGGACUUGUUCAUUAUCGACAACAGGACAGGUGCAGUUGUGGUCAAGCCUGGCAGGGUGAUAGACCACGAGGCCUUCCCAAGCCCUCAGCUGGACUUUACUCUGGUGGCCAGUGACGUGGGAGGGCUGAACAGCACUGCGAGCCUCCAGGUGACCAUCCUGGAUGAGAACGACAACCGUCCCAUGUUCCACCCAGCGUCCGUGACCGCACGACUGCGGGAGAACAGCCCUCCAGGUUUUUCCGUCCUCCAGGUGACAGCAACAGAUGCCGACAGCGGCCUCAACAAGCAGCUGGACUACCGCAUCGAGGGCGGGGGGCAGGACAGGUUUGUGAUCGACGCUGCCUCAGGGGUGAUCCGUGUGGCCAACCACACGAUCGACCGGGAGGAGCGGGACACCUACCGGCUCACGGUGGUGGCCGUGGACCAAGGCACGCCGUCWCUCUCGGGCACGGCCACCGUUCUCCUCUUCAUCGACGACGUCAACGACUGCCGGCCCGAGUUCAUCAACCCCGUCAUGACAGUGAGCGUGCCCGAGUCGGCCGCCCCAGGCACGGUGGUGGCUGAGGUGACCGCAGUUGACAGAGACCUCAAUGCUCGCCUGGAGUACUACCUCCUGGAGAUCGUGGCCCGCGAUGACACGGAUGCGCUGGUGCCCGACCAGCAAGGGGUGUUCACAGUGGAUUUCAGGACAGGAGCUGUGAAGAUCAAAACUCCACUCAACCGGGAGCUAGUGGCCACCUACGAGGUCACCAUCUCCGUGCAUGACAAUGCCAGUGAAGUCCUUGACCGCUCAGUCAGCGUGCCCAAUGCCAAGCUAACCAUCAAUGUCUUGGAUGUCAAUGACAACACACCCCGCUUCCGCCCCUUCGGGGUCACCUAUUUCACUGAGAAGAUCCUGGAGGGAGCCACGCAAGGCACCACACUAAUCUCCAUCUCAGCGGUGGACCCAGACAAAGGGGCCAAUGGGCAGAUCACCUAUGAGCUGCUAGAUCUCUCCCCAGAAGGCUACGCCUGCCUUGAAGACCAGUCAGCAGGGAAGGUCAUAGCCAACAGGACAGUGGACUAUGAGGAGGUGCAGUGGCUGAACUUCACCAUUCGAGCUUCGGACAACGGCUCUCCCCGCAGAUCUGCCGAGAUCCCUGUGUACCUUCAGAUAGUGGACAUCAACGACAACAAUCCCAUUUUCAGCCAGCCAUCCUAUCAGAAAGCUGUCUUUGAGGAUGUGCCGUUGGGUACAGUCAUCCUGAGGGUCCAGGCCACAGAUGCAGAUUCCGGGCAUUUUGCUCUCAUCCAGUACAGCCUAGGGGAUGGAGAGGGCAAGUUUGGGAUAAAUCCCAACACGGGUGAUAUCUACAUCCUGUCUGCCCUGGACCGGGAGAAGAAGGAUCACUACACGCUGACCGCUGUGGCCAGGGACAACCCCGGGGACGUYUCUAGCAACCGUCGAGAGAACUCUGUGCAGGUGUUGAUCACAGUCCUGGACAUCAACGACUUCCGGCCUCAGUUCAGCAAGAGCCAGUUCAGCACCAGCGUCUACGAGAACGAGCCGGCAGGGACAUCUGUGAUCACCAUGAGCGCAACAGACCUGGACGAGGGAGACAACGGGGUGGUGACCUACAGCAUCGAAGGCCCGGGAGCAGAGGCCUUCAAGAUCAACAAGGACUCCGGGCUCAUCACGUCUCGGCGACGUUUGCAAUCCUACGAGAGGUUCAACUUGACCGUGGUGGCUACGGACAAAGGACGACCCCCUCUCUGGGGGACCACCAUGCUCCACAUUGAAGUCAUUGACAUUAAUGACAACCGGCCUGUAUUUGUCCGCCCGCCCAACGGCACCAUCCUGCACAUUAAGGAGGAAAUCCCACUGCGGUCCAACGUGUACGAGGUCUAUGCCACGGACAAAGACGAGGGCCUUAACGGCGCCGUCCUGUACAGCCUCCUGAAAACGGGAGCGGGAAACAAAGACUGGGAGUAUUUCAGCAUCGACUCCGUCAGCGGGCUCAUCCAGACGGCAAUGAGGCUGGACCGGGAGAAGCAGGCAGUGUACAACCUGAUCAUCGUGGCCUGCGACCAGGGCCAGCCAGCUUAUGAGACCAUGCAGCCCCUGCAGGUCGCGCUCGAUGACAUUGAUGACAACGAGCCUCUCUUCCUCCGGCCGCCUAGGGACAGCCCCCAGUACCAGGCACUGUCUGUCCCUGAGCACUCGCGGCCUGGCACGGUGGUGGGCAACGUCACAGGAGCAGUGGACGCAGAUGAGGGCUCCAACGCCAUCGUCUACUACUUCAUAGCAGCUGGGAACCAGGAGAACAAUUUCCAACUGAGCCGGGAGGGGAAGCUGCAAGUGCUGCGGGAUCUGGACCGGGAGAAGGAGCCGUACUACUCCAUCAUUGUCAAAGCGUCCAGCCAGAGGAACUGGACACCACCCAGGGGCCAGCGGGCGAGCAGGGCCCAGACCUGGGACCUCAGCACAGACUUGACGCUUCAGGAGGUGCGCAUCUUCCUGGAGGACAUCAAUGACCAGGCACCACAGUUCACCAAGGCGGAGUACACAGCGGGGGUUGCCACAGAUGCCAAAGUGGGUUCGGAGCUCAUCAGAGUCCUAGCUGUGGACGCCGAUGUGGGAAAUAACAGCCUGGUCUUGUACAGCAUCCUGGGGAUCCGCUACAUCAAGCAGCACUCCAACGACUCCGAGGAGGUGGCCAACAUCUUCAGCAUCGGCACCCUUGACGGAAUCCUGCGAACCUUCGACCUGUUCACAGCCUACAACCCCGGGUACUUUGUGGUGGACAUCAUGGCUUCUGACCUUGUGGGCCACAAUGACACGGCCAUCGUGGGGAUUUAUAUCCUGCGAGACGAUCAGCGGGUCAAAAUCAUCAUCAACGAGAUUCCUGACAAGGUCAGGCAGUUUGAGGAGGAGUUCAUCAGCCUGCUCUCCAACAUCACAGGGGCCAUCGUCAACACGGAUGAUGUGCAGUUCCACGUCGACAAGAAAGGCCGGGUGAACUUUGCGCAGACAGAGCUGCUGAUCCACGUGGUGAACAGGGAAACCAACCGGAUUCUGGACGUGGAGCGAGUAAUCCAGAUGAUCGAUGAGAACAAGGAGCAGCUGAGGAACCUCUUCAGGAACUACAAUGUGCUGGACGUGCAGCCCGCCAUCACUGCCCGGGCUCCGGACGACCUUUCGGCUCUGCAGAUGGCAAUUAUUGUGCUGGCCGUUCUCCUCUUCCUGGCCGCCAUGCUCUUCAUCCUCAUGAACUGGUACUACCGAACAGUCCACAAAAGAAAAUUGAAAGCGAUAGUGGCGGGCUCCACAGGGAACCGGGGCUUCAUGGACAUCAUGGAUAUGCCAAACACCAACAAAUACUCCUUUGACGGGGCGAACCCCGUGUGGCUGGACCCCUUCUGCAGGAACAUGGAGCUGGCGGCGCAGGCGGAGCACGAGGACGACCUGCCCGAGAACCUGAGCGAAAUCACCGACCUGUGGAACAGCCCAGCCAGGACCCAUGGCACCUUCGGCAGAGAGCCCUCGGCGGCCAAGCCCGAGGACGACCGCUACCUGCGCGCCGCCAUCCAGGAGUACGACAACAUCGCCAAGCUGGGGCAGAUCAUGCGCGAGGGGCCCAUCAAGGGCUCGCUCUUGAAGGUGGUCCUGGAUGAUUACAUGCGCUUGAAAAAGCUCUUUGCGCAGCGGAUGGUGCAUAAGGCCACCGCCAGCGUGGGGGACCGCUCCUCGGUCACGGAGCUGAUCCAGAAGGAGCUGGACGAGGACGAGGAGCCGGGCUCGGGGCAGGGCAGCCUGCGCUUCCGGCACAAGCAGCCCGUGGAGCUCAAGGGAGCCGACGGCAUCCACGUGGUGCACGGCAGCACGGGCACGCUGCUCCCCGCCGACCUCAACAGCCUGCCCGAGGACGACCAGAAGGGCCUGGGCCGCUCGCUGGAGACGCUGGCGGCCGACUGCGGCGCCUACAGCGAGCACAACGCCCGCACCGAGUCGGCCAAGUCGACGCCGCUGCACAAGAUGCGGGAGGUGAUCGUGGAGAGCCCGCUGGAGAUCACGGAGCUAUGACCGGCGGCGGCAGCGCCCGCCCGGCUCCACGGAAGGGCUCGCAGGACCGGCCUGGCGUGUCAUUUUACUCGCGUGUCGUUUAAUCAUGGAACCAUUAAU